UUCAAAUAUCUUAAAACUGUUUUUAUAAUCCUUAAUAUUAUUUUAUGUUGCCAUGGAGAUUUGAAAGCUGGAUAUUCUUCUAUACAAUAUGGCUACCGAUUUCUCUAUAGAAUGAUAGAAGCUUACUUGAACUAUAGUAUACUGGACUGUGUUGAAGAGUGUCUGAGAACCAAGAGGUGUAGAUCGGUCAAUUAUUACAAAGGCGCAAACUUCUGUGAAAUAAACUUUAGUAGGAACAUAACUCAACCAGCAUUUUACAGACAAGCCCCAGGCUGGUUAUACACUGACAUCCAGUACUGGGAUGAGGUUCUCGCGGAAUCAUGUGCAGGAUCACCAUGUGAAAUUAAUGAAAAAUGCAUCCCAAAAGCUUUUGGACAAUUCGACUGCGUUUUGUCAGAUUGUGGGAUCCCUAUCGAUAUAAUAAAAAAUACCACGUGGAAUGUGCAGGACUGGGAAGGAAUAGGAAUAAGAAAACGAAUGCACAUUAAAUGCUUGGAUUCCUUUGAACAGCGGGGGUCCGGAAUGAUCGUGUGCCAUAAAAAUGGGACCUGGAUAACGGACUUGGUUUGUCAAGAACCAAUAUCAGUAGUUGGUGCUGACUGUAAGGAACUCCGUGAGAAUGGUCACACUGAUUCCGGUGUAUAUGAGAUCUAUCCUUAUGGUACAGACACCAGUCCUAUCAGUGUUUAUUGUGACAUGAACACAGAGGGAGGCGGCUGGACGGCAAUUCAAAAACGUGUAAAUGGAUCUGUGAGCUUUGAUAGAGCAUGGGAGAAAUACAAGAAGGGAUUUGGUGACGCGGGACUGGAUUUCUGGAUUG